UGUAAAUAUGGCGGAUAAACGCAUGAAAAUGUCUUGCGGGGUUUCAAGCUUAUUAAAGUUAUUUUAGGUGGUUACAUUGCUGCUGACAAGAGGACAUACCAGGGCACACCAAAGGUUUCCACUAUGAGCAGCAGGAGGAAACGCGCGCCGCCGGUGCGCGUGGACGAGGAGUCCAAAAGGAGACUCAACUGGAAUAUGCUUGAAGAUCGGAAGACUGAAGGAGAUCUUGAGGACAUUCAGGAGUCAUUCCCAGCACCGUCUGACAGCUGUCUGGUUGGACCAGUGCUUGAGAGCAGCCUUGGUGAGGGAGACCAGUUUUUUAAAUCUUCUGCAGAAGGGCCAUCAGAACAGGAACCAAGUUCCUCCACACAGGAUUCUGUUCCAGAUACCAUAGAACUGAAUGUGAUGCCUCUGUCUGCUCUGGAUCAGGAGUGGAAUGCACUGAUUGGAGAGUUUACCUUGUAUGCAAAUAUUCCAAUUGAGCUUGGAGAUGAUGCCUUGUGCCUCCAGCAAACAGGUGAGAGACUGAGUUUGAGUUUGAAUUGUAAUGAGCUGGGUGAUAAGGUCAGCAGGGCUCCACUCAGCCCUGUGCCAGUUGAUUGUUCCUUUGGUGGAUUGCUGUUGGAGGAUCUGGAUUGGCUACAGAAGAGGAAGAUUAUUAAAUUGUACCACAUGGCAGGAGAUGGAUCUUUGAAGCUGAAAAUUUUUCUUCUUGAGUUGGGGCUGGGCAGACCUGAGUUUCUCAGUGAAGGAAAUGGACGCAUUAAAAAAGCCAGUCAACUUUUGCAGAAAUUAAUGGAAUUGUUCUACGACUUCAUCAUCCCUGAGGUGAUGGAGAAUGAAGAGGAAGAGUGUGACACUGAUUUAGAGCGUCAGAACGUUGAGGAGCUGUAUGAUUAUGUCAGGCACCACCACCAGACAGAGGCAGCGGAGCAGAGCUUUGAUGUUCAGCAUCCAGGACUCAUUCCAGUGCUGAGACCCUAUCAGAGCCAGGCGGUCAACUGGAUGCUGAGGAGAGAGAAGUAUAAAAGCAUCAGCUCCCAAGAGCAACGGUUGCAUUUUCUUUGGAGAGAAGUGGUCACAAUCUGUGGCAAAAAACUCUUUUACAGUCCUUACACUGGAUGCUUGAUCCGAGAGUUUCCCCUGGCUGGAAUGGACUGGCCUGGGGGAAUUCUUGCUGAUGAGAUGGGGCUUGGGAAAACCGUGGAAGUACUAGCCCUUAUUCUAUGUAAUACCCGGCAAAACCUGGAGCAUGGGGCUCUCACUUUACCUAUGGGGCGAUCUGUAAAUUAUUUUGUCCCUCCACCUCCAUUAGAGAGACAAAGAACAAUUAAACAUGAGGUGAGACCCAAGGAGAAGAUCACCUAUCCAGCUGUUCGUGAGAUGCUGUUGACUGCGAUUAAAGAAAUGAAGGUUGGGAAAGGUGCUUCAGUCAAUGCAAUUUUAACUUAUUUAAGAACCAUGUACAAGUACGACACCUUGAAGAACCGGAACCACAUAAAAAAAAUGCUAACCAAGCUCAUUAGUGAGAACAUUGUGGAGCAGAUCAAAGGGCGAGGGUUAGCAGGAUCCUUCAAACUGGGGAAGAACUACAAAGAAAAGAAGAAACCUGCAACUCCUCGAACUAAGUCAGUUGAGAACGUCACUCCCAGGAGAACAUCUCGUCGGAUUUCUGUUCAGGAGAAAGAGAUAUCAAUGACCUCCUACACCACAGCAUCAGAUUCUGAAGAUACAAUAGGCAGUGUGGAACCGCCUCUCCUCACAGAGGAACUAAAGUGUGAACCAGAUUCCCUUCUGGAGCCUGUGAAACCCAGUGUCCAGAGCAGCACUUACUCUGAGCAUCCACAGCUCAAGACGCCGGUAGACAUCACUGAUAAAGAUGAACCCUAUCAAGAAACAACAGAAGACAGUGGAAAUAUCCAUAUUGAGAGUACAGAAUCAGAACUUUACCAAAGUACUCAACCAGAACCAAAAACCCCAACCAGAGCAUCUGUCGUCCCAUUCAAUACACCGGAUUACCGCUUCGAGUGCAUCUGUGGAGAGCUCGGUCUCGUGGACUAUAAGGCUCGGGUCCAGUGCCUGAACUGUCUGCUCUGGCAACAUGCUGAGUGUGUUAAUUACAAAGAGGAAAACCUGGAAACGACUCCGUUCUAUUGCCCUCACUGCCUGGUAGCCAUGACCCCUGUGUCUACUGGUGCCACACUAAUCAUCUCUCCCAGCUCCAUUUGCCACCAGUGGGUUGAUGAAAUUAACCGGCACAUUCACACUUCCUCCCUCAGAGUGCUGGUGUAUCAGGGUGUGAAGAGACACGGUUUUAUUCAGCCCCACAUUCUUGCAGAGCAAGAUGUGGUCAUCACCACUUAUGACGUGUUGCGCACUGAGCUCAAUUACGUCGACAUCCCCCACAGCAAUAGCAAAGAUGGCCGACGAUUCCGCAACCAGAAGCGCUACAUGGCCAUACCCAGCCCUCUAGUAGCUGUGGAGUGGUGGCGCGUUUGUUUGGAUGAAGCUCAGAUGGUGGAGUGCACCACAGCCAAGGCUGCAGAAAUGGCUUUGCGUCUCACAUCUGUUAAUCGUUGGUGUGUCAGUGGAACACCUGUGCAGAGAGGUUUGGAAGAUUUGUAUGGUCUUGUCCUGUUCUUGGGUGUUGAUCCUUACUGGGUUAAGUAUUGGUGGGAACAGUUACUCUAUCGCCCGUACCGCCAUGGCAAUACGGGACCGCUGUACAGUGUCAUUGGUCAACUACUGUGGCGAUCUGCCAAAAAAGAUGUCAUUGAUCAGAUCCAAAUUCCUCCUCAAGCAGAAGAGAUCCACUGGCUCAACUUCUCCCCAGUAGAAGGACACUUUUACCAUCGCCAGCAUGAGGUUUGCUCCCAGGAUGCUCUUCUCAAGCUAAGGAAGAUUUCUGAUUGGUCGCUGAAGCUGGGCAGUUUGGACAGACGUACUGUCACCACUAUACUAUACCCGCUUCUGCGACUACGCCAGGCCUGCUGCCAUCCGCAAGCCGUAAGGGGGGAAUUCCUGCCUUUCCAGAAAAGCACAAUGACUAUGGAGGAGUUAUUGAAGUCCCUGCAGAAGAAGUGUCGUGUGGAGUGUGAAGAGGCUCACAGGCAGCUGGUGUGUGCUCUUAAUGGUCUGGCUGGAAUCCAUAUCAUCAGAGUUGAGUUUGUAGAUGCAGCAGAGAUGUACAGAGAAGUGUUACGAUCAUCUGAAGAACAUAAAGCAAGACUGAAAACUGAUUCCCUUCAGAGGCUUCACGCUACCCACAAUCUGAUGGAACUUCUAAGCGCUAAGCAUCCCGGGAUACCUCCAACCCUGAGAGAUGACAGUCUAAAAGAAGAGGCUGAACAGCUAAAGCAACAUUACAUGGCCAAGGUGAACUCGGAGGUUUCAGAAGCACAUCAGAACCUACAACCUGUUCUUCAACACAUUAAAGAGCUAAAACGCAAGGUAAACCUCCGCUCCCCCUGGUGGCUGGACGUCAUACAGCAGGCGAUGCAGUACUCCAUGGACGAUGACCUCAUCAGUCGCAUCCAAAAUGAGCUGACCUGCAGUUAUAAACAACAAGCCAACAAGCUCUCAUUAGCAGACAAGUUUCGAGAUGCCCGUGGGCUUCAGUUUCUGCUCAGCACUCAAAUGGACGAUUUGCUGAAAUCGCAGAAAACCGUCCAGGAUGCUGUUAAGAAGCUAGAGGGGCCACCGUCGCAACAAGUCAUCGAGGAGACGACACUUUGCCACCUGCGGCCCGUUCGUGUGCCACUGAACAACUGUGUAUUUUGCAAAGCGGAUGAACUUUUUACAGACUACGAAUCAAAACUAUUCUCUCACACGGUGAAGGGGCAGACGGCCUUCUUUGAGGAGAUGAUUGAAGAUGAGGAUGGGCUGGUCGAUGACAGACUCCCCACGACCAGUCGAGGUCUCUGGGCUGCCAGCGAGACAGAACGAGCCCUUAAAGCCACCCUGUCCUUCGCCAAGAUCCGGCGCAUGGAGUCUGGUCUCAUAGAGGAGGGAAACACAUUUAUGGAGCUCUUUGAGUCCUGGAAAAAAGAAUAUAAGCUGCUGCAUGAGUACUGGAUGUCGCUACGAGAUCAUGUGUCAGCCAUCGAUGAACUAGGUAUGGCCACUGAAAGGAUGCGUGUACGAUUACCUGAUGAACCAAAACCAAAAGUUCUGCAUAUCAUAGAACCACACGAGGUGGAACAGAACCGAAUAAAGCUCUUGAAUGAUAGGGCAGUGGCUAAAUCACAACUACAGAAGAAACUUGGCCAGUUUCUCUAUCUCAACAAUCUGGAGAAGUCACAGGACAUGUCCACAGGCGAUCUGAAUCCAGAACCAUGCCCUAUCUGCGCUCGCCCACUGGGUCAGGAGUGGGCCGUACUGACAUGUGGACACUGUUUCUGUAACGAGUGUAUUUCCAUCAUCGUGGAGCAGUACAGUGUCGGUAAUCGACGUAGGGCUAUAAAGUGCGCCAUAUGCCGACAAACCACAUCACAUUCAGAGAUCUCGUAUGUCUUCACCACUCAGAGCACAGACCAGGGAGAGGACAUCCCUGUGAAGGGUAGCCACUCCACGAAGGUCGAAGCAGUGGUUCGGGUCCUCAAGAAAAUCCAGAUGACCAACCCGGGAGUCAAGUCUCUUGUGUUCUCCACGUGGCAGGGAGUCCUGGACAUCAUUGCAAAAGCCCUUUUCGACAAUAACAUGGAGUUUGCACAGAUCAACGGCAUUCACAAAUUUCAGGAGAACCUGAGUGCUUUCAAAUACGAAGAGAAGAUCAACAUACUACUGCUGCCACUGCACACGGGUUCAAACGGCCUGAACAUCAUUGAAGCUACACACGUGCUGCUGGUGGAGCCCAUUCUAAACCCCGCCCAUGAGCUUCAAGCCAUUGGAAGAGUGCACCGGAUUGGCCAGACCAAACCCACAUUUGUUCAUCGUUUUCUGAUAAAGUCCACCAUUGAGGAGCGAAUGCAAGCCAUGCUAAAAACGGCAGAAAAAAGUCACAGCUCCACACCCAUGAAGCAUUCGGAGGCCUCUGUAUUUACAGUAGCAGACCUGGCUGAGCUGUUCACUGAAGACGGCGAGGCUCUUGAGUAAACUCUGAUACUGCACACAACUAAGCCUGUCAGUGAUGGUGAACACUACAAUAAUACCAGCUGCAACACUCUAGCACUCUUAUAUGUUUGCUUUACACAUUCCCCUUUUUACAGUAUAUGAUCUAUUCCAUGGUGCAAUUUAUACAUUAUACUAAAUGUGGAAAAGAAAAUUAGUUAAUGUACCAAAAAACAGUGCUGUAUCCAUGUUUUAUCUAGAAUGUUUCAUUGAUUUGUUUUCCAGUCUGUAAUUUUUAUUAACAUCUUUUAUGAGCAUAUUGAAUUAUGUUUUAAUGGUGAAGUGAUCUGUAUGUAAAAAUCUGAAUACUUUUCUAAUAUUGUACGUGCUGUAUAUUGGAUUGGUUUUAAUAUAAACACCCUGUCAGGAUCACAGAGUGAUCCGCUUGCUUUUCUCUUGUAUGUCUCUGUGAAUUCCCUCACCUCCUGUGUUUUUCAUUUUCAUUUUGAUAGGAGCCACAUGACGGCCCUCAUAGCUGAUUCACUCAGGUCUGAUUAUCGUGGCCGCUCGUAUAUAUCAGCUGCACCUGUCUCUUCUUACCCUUUUUGAUUUCUCUCUCCUCUUGUGUUGUUUGCCUUGCUCAGUUGACUUUUUUUUUUUUUCCUGUCAUUCGUGUGUUUUGUCAGUUGUGUUUUUGUCUUUGCUCUCAGACCCUGUUGGAGCUUCUUUGUUUCACAACACGUCAUUAAUUGGACUGCCCCCUAAACUGGUCAAGUUCCUGACUAAGGGUUUCACAUGAAAUCUGUAUUUUUUGGACUCUGUGCUCCACUGCCGACCAGCAUCCUACUGUGAUAUUAUUCUGUUUUAUUUGUUUGUUUUUUCCCUUGAACGUCUGUUUUUCAUUAAAAACGUAUUAUUCACUCACCUCUACUUUUGAGUCUUCUGAUAUCCUGAAAGAACAAUUCGACCAUAAUGGUCUCAGUGGAGGAAUCAUCAUUGAAUUUGGCAGUGGAGCUUUAAGACACUUUACUGGGGUGGCAUGAAGAACAAAUAGCUGAAGCCACACAAGUUGUAGAUGCAUUGACCACUCAGAUCACCGACAUCACCUACCAGCUCCAUGGACUCUGGUUGGACCGGGACUCAUUUCUAUCCAUUGCUGCCAUUACAGUCACCACGGCCGCCCAUUUGACCGCUCCACCUCCCUCUGCACCAGAACCGCAAGAAAAUCCUCCCGUUAUUCUGGUGAGCCCUCUACAUGUCGUUCAUUUCUUUCUCGAUGCUCUGUGGUAUUUUCACUUCAGCCUGUCCCGGUCUCUUCGGAGAGUGCUAAAGUCGCUUAUGUCAAAACCUUGCUGGAUGAGCAGGCUCGCCAGUGGGCUACCACAGGUUCUUUUCAUCUCUUCCUAUGCACUUAUUACAGGGACAAUCCCCCGGAGCAACCUGGAGUUAAGGGCCUUUCUCAAGGGCCCAACAGUGGCAUCUUGGUGGUGCUGGGGCUUGAACCCCUGACCUUCUGGUCAGUAACCCUGAGCCUCCACAAAGAAGAAUUUUCUGUGGUCCACGGCAGCGCAGGCCGCUAUUUCUUCGGGCACUUAGAUUUUUCCCUUUGCUACCGUCCCGGCUCUUAAAAUCUCAAGCAGGUCGUUGUUUCACAUCAGUCUGCUGUCAUAGACAUAUGACAUCCUGUCUUCAGAUGUUGUGGUGGGGGCCAUCGUCUGGGGCAUCGAGGGGCAUGCUAGGGAGGCUCUUGCCAGUGUCGAGGUGCCCGAGGGUGCCCAGGCAGUCUGCUGUUUGUUCCUGACUCGGCCCGGACUGCCGCUCUCCAGUGGGGUCAAGUUGACGUGUCACCCGGGAGUCAGGAGGAAGCUGGCUGCCAUUCGCCAGCGGUUUUGGUGGCCUGCCAUGGUGGAGGACAUCCGUCGGUUCUUUCUCGUCAGGGGAUUGGUCUGUCCUCAUAAUAAAUCUGGCAACAAGCAACCAAUUGGUCUGCUCCAAUCUCUUCACCACAAAGGAGACCACACCUGGGUGGUAGACCACGUUUUCUGGCUACAUGGAUUGCCAGUAGACGUGGUCUCUGACAGGGGGCCCCAGUUCAUAUCAAAAUUUUGGUGGAGUUCUGUAGUUAGAUUGACACCUCCGUCAGUUUGUCAUCAGGCUUUUAUCCCCAGACCAACGGGUAGACCGACGGUAGUGUAACUCAGACUUCCGGUUCCCCUGCGGAGGGUUCAUCACAUGUUUCAUAUUUCCCAUAUUAAACAUGUUUGUCAAAGUUCCCUUAACCCUCCUGUGUCUUCUCCUCCCCAUCUUGUUGACGGUUCCCCUGUGUAUAUACUGUCAGGAGGCUGCUGGAUGCCCGGGGACGCUGUUUCAAUAUCUGGUGGCGCUCCUAGAGGCCUCCCCUCUAGGGGGUACUGUCAGGAGCCCUGAGUUAUCCACUUUUCUCUUGUCUCUCUCAGUGAAUUCCCUCAACUCGUGUGUUUGUUUUCGUUUUGUUUUGACUGGUGCCACGUGAAAGCCGUGCCCUCGCAGCUGAUUUGCUCAGGUCUGAUUAUCACAGCUGCUCAUUUAUCAGCCAGUCUGUCCUUACCCUCUUGAUUUCUCUCCCUACUUUAGCUCCCCUUUGUUUGCUGUCUGAUGUCGAAUUGUCCUGUGCCGUUUGCCUUGCUCAGUUGACCAGUUUUUUUGCUCUGUCAGUCAUGUGUUUUGUCAGUAUUGUUUUUGUUCUCAGACCCUGUUGGAGUUUAUCAUUGUUUCAUGAUGCUAGUCGUUAAUUGAACUGCCUCCUGAACAGUGUUCCUGAUUAAAGAUUUUGUUUGGAACUCUCUUUAUUUUUCAGACUCUGUGCUCCACUGCGGACCAGCAUCCUACAGUGAUAUUUUUUUUUUUUUUCCUGAACCUCUGUUUUUACAUAAAGAAUUAUUAUUCAGUCACCUCUGCUUUUGAGUCUUCUGAUAUCCUGACACACCCAUGUGAUUUUAGCAUUUAUGCGAUUUGUCUUAUCACAAAUGUUUUAUAAGAAACCCACAGUAAUAUCACAUGAAUCAUGAUUUGUAAAUCUGUGCUGUAAAGUUGUUCAAAAUAAAUGGAAAAAAUAAC